UAUGGCCAAUAUGGAUAUUGAACGCUACUAAAGCUGAAGAUGUCAAAUGGUUGUGAUCCAUGCUAUUGCCAGUGUCAGCUGACAGCUGUCAUUACGCCUACGUAGGUGUUUUGAUAAUUUUAUUAAGUGGUCACUUUUCGGUACAACAAAUAAAUAUGUCAUUUACCGACAAAAUAAAUUCUCUAAUGGCCAGACCCGGCCAGGAGGUACCUAAAGAUGAUGUUCCUUGGUGGAUGAGGUAUGGUGGAAGGGCAUUAGGUACAUUGGGCGGUUUUCUGGCAAUUUUCUUGGGUGUUCUUAACUGCGUCAGCAUAAUAACGGGAGAUAUUAAGUGUCUCCUCAGUGGCUUAUUCCAAAUGGUACUCGGCUUUAGUACUUUAUGCAUAGAAGCACCUUGCUGUUGUCUGUUUGUCGAUUUCGUACAGAACCUCAGCGAUUGGGUGGAUAAACGUCCGUAUUGGAACAAAGCUGUGGCCUACAUUGGCUUAUCCCUUCCUCCCAUAUGUCUUUGUGCGACAUUAAGUUCGAUAUUUGGAAGUGGUCUCAUCCUAGUGACGGGUGUUAUCUAUGGAAUGAUGGCAUUAGGGAAAAAGGCAACCGCGGAGGAGAUGCGCGCAUCCGCAGCUUCAGAGUCCUUUCCUCCUCAGACUCCCACGAAACCCGUUUCAAAUAUGCGUUCCAAUUUAGUAGAGAAUGCGCAACCCAUUAGUUUUACCGGUGCUCCAGUAUUUGACAGUAACGUUUGACUUAGUUCACCUACUAUUUACGGUUUUAAUUAUGGGAUAGAUAAACACAUAUCGUACCUACAGUAUAUUUAUUUCCGAUCAUAAUUAUUGUAUAUUAGUAAUAUUGUAUAUAAGUCAUUUCUUCCCAUGGUUUCUUAUAUACUAGUGAGAUUUGCAAGUUGUAAGUAAGUAGGUAGCUUUUAUUUAAUUAUGUAUUAUAACGCUUUAAGACUGUGUAAUUUUUAGAAGUUAUUUGUUGGUCUCAUUAUGCUCAAUGAAGGUGAUGUUUCUCCGUUCCCUCUCUCAUCGACCCAUUCCCCUCAUCCCCAUCACAAUGUUUAGAGUCUAGGAAUUAUGGUAUUUACCUCUGUGUGAACUUCUAGGUCAAAUUUAUGAUAAAUGUUGCCAUUUCGUGGUUUGGAACUUGCAAAUUUGGAUUUGAAUAAUUUGUGCACUGCAUUGUGUUCCUGAUAAGUAAUAAAUUCUUCCAAUUAUUUUUUAA